UUCGGGUCAAACCCCGGAACCUUGCUCACCAAAUGGAGUGACUGAAUAAAUAUUGUGAAAAAAAGACUCCGCCCCUCUCUCUCUCUCACUCUCUCUGCGGCAUGUUGACACAAAAAUGAGAAGAUUGGUUGGCGCGAGAGACUGUUGGUCCGGAAUUUCAAAGCGAUUCAGACUCCUUCAGAGAACACCCUUUUCCACAAACACCAAACCCACAAUCCCCUCCAACAACAACAACAACAACAACAAUGGCAGCGAUAAGAUUGAUGGGUCUUUAACCAAUUACGACGAAACAUAUCGUCACCUUGACAAGCUCGAUUUCAUGACCGCCGCUAAGAUUCUCUUCACUACUCCCCCGAAGAAGAAGAAAUUCGGGUUCGAUUUCCAUCUGGUGCAAUUCUUCUUUGCUUGCCUGCCUUCAUUGGCUGUAUAUUUGGUGGCUCAAUAUGCUCGACACGAAAUGAGAAGAAUGGAGGCAGAGCUCGAGCUAAAAAAGAAAGCUGAAGAAGAAGCUAAAGCAAAAGAGAUUGAAUUAAAUGCCUCCAAAGAAAAAGAAGCAGGAGGAUCGGAUCCGGAGCUUUUGGAAGUAAAAGAGAGAAUAAACAAACUGGAGGCGGCUGUAAAAGAAAUUGUGGUUAAAACAAAGAAACAACUGGAUAGCACCGGAAACAAAAACCAGGAAGAUCAUAGCGAGAAGAGACAUCACGCUGCAACUGACCACAACAAUGCCCCAAGUAAAUCAGAAACAAGCAAUUCUGCAACCAACGACAAUUAUAGUAAAAAGGCAUCCAAGAAUGUAGCACCAAGCUCGAGCCAAGGAAGUGCAGGUGGCUUAGCAGCGCCGGUUACUGAUGGAGUGCUGGCAAAGAAAUGAAGAGUAGACUGUCUAUCCGAGGAAUCUAAACAGGCGAUGGCAGUGUAUUUUUGGACUACCAUUGGCAUCACCUACACUUUCCCCAUGGUUGAUUGCUUAUGUGCAGAAGUGUAUACAUGUUUCUCAAAAUGCUCCCAGUUUAGAGCUUUCACUACAUGAUGCUCCAUGUAAUUCAUCAGUUCAAUUUUUAGUGCAUUCAAUAUGUGUGAAGGAACAACUUGAUGUUGAUUGUUGUGUUCAUGUUCAUAAUUACCAUUCUAAGAUGACAAAAUUAAGCAAAAGAGUUGGUUUA